UAAAAGUUUAAAAGGCUAAUGAGAGGAGUUUAUUAAUAAAUAUAUGGAACAAGCAGAUAUUAAUUUUCUUAAAUACUAUUCUUUAACAACGCCAUAUCCAUCAAAAUGGGUGGAUACGAGUGAACAAGAGUUUAAUAAUGAGGAAAGACAUAAUUCAAAAGAAAUGACAGAAUCAACGAUGUUUGAAGAGGAAUUUAUUGCACCAGAUGAGCCAGAUCCUUUAGGAAUGAGUGAUUCAGUUAUUUCAUUAGCUAAACAAAAUGGUAUAACAGUUCCAGAUGAUAUUAGAUUACGAGCGAAAUAUCUUAUUUCAUCAAAAAGAUUUAAUCCAAGUGUAUUUUUGCGAGAUAUUCAUUCAAAUAAUUGGUAUCCGGAGUUAUUAUCAGGAUUAAAAUGGUUAACUCAGUCAAUUGAGAAGAGAUCGGAUGCAUUGAAGAUGCUUGUUGAAAAUAAUUUUAGUAGAUUUGUAAAAGCAAAAACAACAAUUGAUUAUGUUUAUCAAGAUAUGAAACAUGAUAUGUUAAACCAAGAACAUGAAUAUGGAAUUUCUGAAUUAAAAUCAAAUAUUAAUGAUGUAAUUACUAAGGCAACACAAACAUUUGAGCCAAUUACAGAAAACCGUACAAAAGCAUAUCGUUUAAUAUCUACACUAUCUAUCUUAGAAAGGUACAAAUAUCAUUUUAAUGUUCCAUCGUUAUUAUUGGAUUGUAUUGAAAAGAAUGAUCAUGAAAUGUUAAUACGUGAAUAUAGAAAGUGCAAAGAGAUACUUUCAGAAGAAGAUGUUAUAUCUGAAAAAUCUAUGGAUAUUUUUGAAUUCCAAAGACCUAAGAUUUUUAAAAGAAUUUGGAAAGAAGUAGAAAAAAUCAUUGAAGAUUAUCGCAGAAAUAUUUUCCAGCAAUUUUCUACAUUUAAAACAUCAGAAGAACGACACAAAUUAAUAUGUAUACUUCUUGAAUUAGGAACAACAGAAAAUCCUAUUCUUUAUUCUCUUAAAUGCCAGAGUGCUCAACUUAUAAAAAGUUUGGAACAAGAUUUUAAAGAUGAAUCUGUAAAGAUUGAAGCGAUUCGCCAUCAAUUAGCUAAAUUACCUCUCCCAACUAAUAAACAAAUAGUCCAGCAAUUGAAAAAGCCGUUGAGUAAAUAUCAAAUAUAUAAUAUAUGGGAAGAGUCAUCUAAUAAUAUAAUGUGGAAUUCUCUUGAAAAAAUGAUUGAACAUAUAUUUAUUCACAAGUUUCAUGAAUUUAAAAAUUAUCUUGAAAUUGUUUGUAAAAUUUCUCAAGGAAAUUUAUUGAAGCAUUUUCCUAUAGGAAAAAAUGGAGAAUCCAAACAUCAUCUUAUGUUUUCCUCUGAAGAUAUUUUUUCUGUAAAAAAGUCAGCAGAACAGUUGAUUUUUACGCUCUCUUCACUUGUCAUUGAUUUUUUCACCUCACAUUCAACAAAAAAAACAUCAUUAUCAAAUAAUAAUCGACUAUCUAAUGAUAAUAAUUCAUCAUUGAAACUAGAAGAUAUUCCUAAUCUAAACGAUAAAAAUUCCUCAAUUUCAUUCAUACCUCCACAUUCAGACUCUUUAACUGCUUGUUCUAUGCUGAAUAAAUUAUUAACAGUUAUUGUUAAUUCAUCAAUGGCAAUUUUUAAAUUAAAUAUUUCAGAAGAAAUUAAUAAAAAUUUGCAAACAAUGAUUAGUACUGUGAGGGAAAUGUUUGUCGAAGCUGUAAAUUUCCUGUGGAACUUAGAUUCUUGUAAUUUCCAUUUGUUAGAAAAUUGGGUAAAAUCGACUGGAAAUCCUGAUAUAACAGACUAUCCAAAAACAUUGUAUGCCUACGAGUCUUGUAUUAUUACUAAAAUUAACGAACUUUUAUAUAUUGGAAGAAAUUAUAAAUUAAAUACUGAAGAUCUAAUACCCUCUCCUUCAACAAAAACAAUAUUAUCUAUCAAAACACAAUUUCUAAAAUCUUUAUAUAUAUCCUUAGAGGGGUUAAUUAAAAAUGUUUAUCUUAAUCAAACAGAUUCAAAAAAUUCUACCCUUGAGCUUUCUUCAAAAUCUGAAUAUGAAAUAGAUCAUGAAAAUACGAAUACUCGAAUUCUUUUUACUUUAAGCAAUUUUUCUCAUCUAAAAAAUAGUAUUAUUUCUACAUUGUUGAAGCAAUUCGAAUCAUUGUAUUCUAUAUCUCUGGAAGAUGAUUCAAAAAAUUUAUAUAGUGCUUUAGUUCAACUCGAUCAUCGUUUAUUUGAUGAUUACAUCAAAGUUAAGUCUGAAUCUAUCUCUGAAAUCAUAAAAAAUGGAAUACUCAAUUCUAAUCCUAUUUGGUCUUCAGAAGAACCACCUCAAGAAAUUCAACCAUACGUAUUUAAUUCCAUAUUAUCGCUAGUUGUCAUUCAUUCUCAGCUUUCUUCUAUUACCUCAAAUUUAAUUCCUCGCACCUUAAAUAAUUUAGUAAAAUCACUUACUAAAGCUUUACUUGAAUCAUUUCAAAAAAUUAAUAAUUUUGGUAUAGGAGGAAUGCUUCAGGUAAUCAUAGAAGUAGAAUUCAUUAAACAAGUCUUAGAAGCAUAUAUUGAUGAGGAAACUUCUGAUAUAUUUGGAUCAUUGUAUCUUCAUUUAGAGAAAGCCUAUCAUCAUAAUGACAAUCGGCAAAUUUUUCAACAAGAACUCGAAAAGGCAAAAAGUAUAUUGGUUAAUUGUAGAAAAAUAACACAUUUACAAUAUUCUUGUUUUAAAAAUCCAUCAGAAAAUACACUCAAGUCUUAUUUCUAAUCAUUAUCUAUAUGGCAAUUUAUAAAAUAUAUAAACGUAUCUCGU